AUGGACUCGUUCUUGUUGGUGGAAGAAUCAGAUUCAGAAUGGCAGAUCAAUGGCCCUGCCAAACGCUGCAGAAGAGGGGCGCACAAGCAUGUGCUCUCAGUCUGUGCCUCAGAACAUGACAUGGCCUCGCUCACUUUUUGUGGCUGUGCUUCCAUGCCUCCGAUGACAUGCAACUCAUUACAUGGAGUUGGUGACGACCCUAUCAGGACGUAUUUGGUGAAGCGCAGUGGGCAGAGGCAAGGACAUGCUCUAAUGUUCAGGGGAAACACGUGCCAGAAUGAGUGUGCUCUCAGACGUACUCAUGAAAAAAAGGCCAGGACAUAUGUGCAUGGGCAGACAUGA